AACCCUGUAGAAAUGGAUAGUUACUAUGGCUCAUCUGUUUCUACCUAUAUCUAUAUAUUAAUUACAUAGAUUAGACGUACUCCAUCGACUAAGGUACAGUUUUGCUGAGCACAGGAAUCCAAAACAGAAUCCCAUUCCAUGUUGGAAGCCGCCUCUGUUCCUUGGAGAGACAAUUUGUCACCGCGCAUCGAUCAAACAUAGGACAUCCCAGUGGCCUGGCAACGGGCGCCAUUGAGACCUGGAUGGCAGGCCAUCGUAACCGCAAGGGAGCGGAGUGAAGCCGCUAAUGUCUGGAGUGCACAUCCAAGUUCAUUAGUCUUGGAUGGGUGCGGAAAAGCUGCUCGACACGAAAUGGAAAGUUUUGGCGAAGUUUCCAGCUGGUGAACGGUCGUAAAUCGCAGCACGAAAAGCUAAAGGUCUAAAAAUAUCCCGGCACUCGAAGGCAAUCGAUGUGCCCGCAGCUGGCAGAGAUGGGCGAACGCGAGCCGGAGUCGGACGAGGACUGCGAGGUCUAUUUCCUGAAACCGGUCAACGAGUACAACAUUGUGGACAGGAUCAAGGAGGCCAACAAGGAGCUCUUUGCGCUGGACGACGAGGCUUCCAAUGGCAACGGCAAGGUGACCAAGGUGAAAUUCGCCCUGAAUCUGGAAGAUUACGAGCCCACGGAGCAGCAGAAGGAUCUCAGUCCCAGUCCGCCUGAUGAGCUCCUCCAGCAGUUGACGCAGCUGAAGCUGAAGCCCAUUGCCGAGGAAGAACCAGCGGCUCCAGAAGUGACCAAGUCGAUAGAGGCGCCACCGCCAAUGGAAGAGCCAGAAGUCGAUGAAGUGGAGGAGGAGAUAUGCGAGGAAAUCGUGGACUUGAGUGAGGUUCCGCAACAGCCAGUGGCCCAGGAAGCCACGCCCAUAGAAGAUGAAGACGACUUCUCCGGCGUGGACGAGGCAGACCUGGAUGACGACCCUCCGGCUAAGGACUCUUCUGUUCCCGGUUCACUUCAACUGAGACAGAGCACUUUCGACCAGGAUGACUCCGAUCAGAAGAGUCUUACCAAUCUGCUAACCGAAUCCGAUUGCGAGGAGGAGGAACGCACUCUGAAUGAGGCUCGCCAGAAGCUAAGGGAUGCCUACAAGAAUCUUUACAAGACUUUGGAUCCGAAGCAGCAGGCAACCAUUGACAGGUUGACGGGAGCCGAAACUGAAGUGCCUUUGCCGGUGGCGCCGGUGGUGGCUCCAGUUGAAGUCGAAGAGGAGGAUGACCUGUCCAUCAUUGUGGCCAGCUAUAUUCCAGAUGACUUUGAGCUCAACGAGCAGAGCAUUUACUACAAGAAGGAGGAGCCCGAUGAAGUCAAGGAAUCCUGCACCACAUGUCCUAAGGCCACUUCCAAGACCUUCUUCACUUCGCGCAGUUUCAGCUUUCGCCGGCGGGCCAAACCCACGCCCACUCCAUCCUCUGCCUCCGCUUCCACGACAUCUCCUUCCGUGCGGAUGAACUACAAGAUCUGCUGCGAGCACCGUCAUUCAAUACAAGGCAAACUUCCAAGGUACACGGGCUACAUGUCCGAGUACGGACUGACUGCCCAGCAGCUGCAGCGCCGGGACCAGCAACUGCGGCGGAAGCAGCGCUUCUCCAUGGAGCAGACCAUCAAUCGCAACGAGCAGGAGCUGAAGAAGAUGCAGGACAACGAGCGAGCCUUCACCACCUGGCUGAAGAACAAGAUGCGCUAUCCGAUCAACAAGACCCGCAACAUGUUCGAUGCCCACAAGAGGCGGGGCAGUGUGGCCGCCGCCGGAAGUCCGCGCCAGCAUCCGCAAGCUCAUCCGCAUCUGCACCAGGAGCAGGAGCAGCGUGGAGGACGGCGAAGGCGGCGGCGCGACAGCGGAGAGGUGGAGGUGCACGCCUAUCGACACCUACUCGGCAGCUGGAACAAGUAGAAAUAAUGUAGUUCUUACAUUAGUUUAUUAUAUAAAUGUAUCGUAUUAUAUUUAAUUUGUAAUACAACUUUUGAAGCGUGAAAAAUGAGUGACAGGGAUCGGAGUGGCGGGACCUUU